GAGACGCGCGCACCUCACGGCGAGCCCCCACAGUUCAUUAGGCUCUCCUCAAGACAGCAAGAAAGACCUUGUCAAAAAUACAAACAAACAAACAAUAUAAGAGUAAGAAGAAGGAGGAAUAAAUAGGAGCGUUGAAAGGAGUGACUUUCCACGGAGCGCAUGAACGCGUGGGUGCGAGACGCACUCUGAAUAUACGCCGAAGAAUGCAAGCCAGAAAAUCGUGAGUGUCCUAAAUAUUUUUAUUUAUUUAAUGGACUUUUUUUUUUUUUUUUUUACCUGAAACGGAUUUUCCAAACACCCACCGAUUGCACAACAAGGAAAAUUUAAAAAGCAAGACUGUCAUAUCGGAGAUUGACCUUGAUGGAGGAUUAUGAGAGCUGGACACUUUGACAAUGAUGCUUUCAACUUAAUAUUUUUAUUAAUAUAAGUAUCUAACUUUUUUUUUGUAACAGUCACCCACGUGGAAACACUGGCUGGCUUUUACCAAUCUGCAGUGAAAGACAUUGAAGAAUAUAACAGACAGCAGCAGUGGGUUUCGAUCCUGGGGGCCGAUAUAGUCAAGUGGAAACGCCUGGAGUACCAUUAAACAAAUCAGAUAAAUGUACUGCGAAAGCCGUCGAUAGCCGUUAUUGACUAGGUGCUAUAUAAGGCUAAUGACUGGACUGGGGGGCCAGAACGUGACAAAGCCAGGCAGUAAACGUGGUUGGGAAACUUUCCCAGAAGGUCGACAGCAGAGUAAUAACAGCUUUUUAUUCUGUUUUUGAAUGCACCAUGUAAUGGAUGUACUGCUAAUUGGACCAAUGCGUGGUGAGUGCUGAUAGUUGUCAAGUUUCUAAACAGCGAAAGCAAGGAUGGCGGUUCCGACCAGGCGCCUACGGUCAACCCGGGUGACGGGAGAAGCUGAUAGGGGAUGGCCAACCUUUCAGUCCUGAGAUCUGACCCUGGCGCGACUGUAACGGGCCGGUGGGAUGUGAUGGGGUGACUGCUCACGCCUCCCCACCCCGAUCCCUAAAUUCCCACCCACCCUGGAUAAGGUUUGCUUCAACAAUGGAUCACAAUUUCUCAAUGGUUCAAGACGGCAAACAGCUGUUGCUUGAGCGUGACUCGUCCAAACGGGUUCUGACAGGAUGCUUCCUCUCCCUCCUCAUCUUCACAACGCUGCUGGGCAACACGCUAGUGUGCGUGGCCGUCACCAAGUUCCGCCACCUACGCUCUAAGGUCACCAACUUUUUCGUCAUCUCCUUGGCCAUCUCUGACCUCCUGGUUGCCAUCCUGGUGAUGCCUUGGAAGGCUGCAACAGAGAUAGUAGGUUUCUGGCCCUUCGGCGCCUUUUGUAAUGUUUGGGUGGCAUUCGACAUCAUGUGCUCCACCGCCUCUAUCUUGAAUCUUUGCGUGAUCAGCGUGGACCGCUACUGGGCCAUCUCCAGUCCCUUCCGCUACGAGCGUAAAAUGACCCCCAGAGUGGCGUGUCUGAUGAUUAGCGUGGCGUGGACGCUGUCCGUUCUCAUCUCUUUCAUCCCGGUUCAAUUGAACUGGCACAAAGCUCAGACCACCAGCUACGCCGAAAUCAACGGAACGUACCCUGGUGAGCCGCCCCCUGACAACUGCGACUCCAGCCUCAACCGGUCUUAUGCGAUAUCUUCAUCCCUCAUCAGCUUCUACAUCCCUGUGGCCAUCAUGAUUGUCACGUACACCCGCAUUUACCGCAUCGCCCAAAAACAGAUAAGGAGGAUAUCCGCCCUAGAGAGGGCGGCAGAGAGUGCCAAAAACCGCCACAGCAGCAUGGGGAACACAUCCAACAUAGAAAGCGAAAGUUCGUUCAAAAUGUCAUUUAAGCGAGAAACCAAAGUGUUAAAGACGCUUUCGGUCAUCAUGGGGGUGUUUGUAUGCUGCUGGUUGCCCUUCUUCAUUCUCAACUGCAUGGUUCCCUUCUGCGAGACUAACCUCUCCGAUGAUGGUAACGACUUCCACUGCAUCAGCCCGACCACCUUCGACGUGUUUGUGUGGUUCGGCUGGGCCAACUCGUCGCUCAACCCCAUCAUCUACGCCUUCAACGCCGACUUCCGCAAGGCCUUCUCUAUCCUGCUAGGCUGCCACCGUCUCUGCCCUGGCAGCAACACCAUCGAGAUCCUCAGCAUCAACAACAACGCCGGCGCGCCCCUUCCCAACCCCGGCUGCCAGUACCAGCCAAAAAGCCACAUCCCAAAGGAGGGCAACCACUCGGUGGGGUGCGUGAUGCCCCACAGCAUCCUGUGUCAGGAAGAGGAAUUACAGAAGCUGGAUGGAGGCAUCAUGGACGAGAUGGAGGUAGGUGUAGUAAACAAUGCCUUGGACAGACUAUACCCGGCGGUCUCGGGGAAUUUAGACAGUGACAUGGCAAUCUCUUUGGAAAAGAUCACCCCCAUAACGCAGAACGGACAGCAUAACGCCAUGUCCUGUUGAACACUCGGAACAGACAUCUUGCCUGACAGCGAAAUAGUGAGUGUGUUACAUCCUUCAGGACCUUCUGACUGUCUACAUAUACGUAAAAAAAGCCUGAAUGUUUCCAAGUUAAAUGCACUUUAUCCCUGGCAAACACACUGCAAAAAUACCGUGUGAACGCAGACCAUCACAUGCACAUGGAUGCAUUUUUUCACCUCUAUAUUUAAGAUGCAUACAUGUACAUCCUGUACAAUACAGAUGGAACUUAAACAGAGGAAAUGUAGAAAACGUUAGCAAAAUUUGUUGUUUAAUGCAGUUGAUAUCUUAUUAUGUUUUCGUUGCAGUACAAAUAUGGUAUUUUACUUUGGAUAGUGAACCUUUGCAGGAAGCCAAAAGAUUAGGGGUCGGUGUGCGUUUUUUAAUUUAGCUCUGUUGGGCAAGUAACUAUACAUGUAAUUGAUUGACGAAGCAUGUUAUUUUAUUUAUUUUUGAAAAUUUAUUCAUCAAAACUAAAGUCAUGUGCAGUGAACUCAUGCAUAUUUGCCAUUUAAUAAUUGACGUAUUAGUGUUUUUUUUUGUGUGUGUGAAACUAUUCUUUGUUCUUUGCUGAAAAAGUCACGUAUUUGCUGCUGUCAUGCCACUUUGAUGCCAUCUUAAUGUCAAGAAAAAUAGUUAUAUUUUGAUAUAAAGCAGCACUGGGGGCGUAAAAUUCAAUCCAAAUGCAGGGUUCACUGUACAUCAAGAACUAAAAACAGGUUGCACUGCACACAUACUGAUUUUUUCAGAACUACAGGAAGCUAGCUGUCUCCAUUGCAGUUGCAAACUUACUGAUAUUGUGGUAAGCCAUUUUGUUGACACGCAAUAUAAAUCAGUCACUCCACACAUUUAAGGAGAAAGUGAAACCACAUUAUCGUCAAUCAAAAGAAUAUUUUUUCAGAGAAAUCAUUUGAACGGAAGCGUGCAAAUUGCUCCAAUUAGAGAUUAUCAGUAUGUGUGUGAGCUUUUUUGGGAUGGGAUUUUCAAGUAUCAUCUCUGUGAUAAUGUUCACAAGGCACCAAGUUGCUAUUGUGAAGGCUCCAACACAAUUUCUUCCCUUAGGUUUGUUGACCCUCUUCUUCCCUGUUAUCCCUUUUCUUAUCAUACGGAGUAAGAAGACUCUUCCAGACCCCUUAUUUUUCAUUAAAAAAGUUCAGCCUCUACCUUCAUUUAGUUUCUUGUUCUCUUAAUGCAGGGGUCGGCAACCCGUGCUUUGAGAGCCGCAUGCGGCUCUUUAGCGCUACCCUAUUGGCUCCCUGGACCAUUUUCAAAAAUGGUGCUACACUUAUAUAAAUGGUGUUACACUUAUAUAGCGCUUUUCCACCUUUCAAGGCGCUCAAAGCGCUUUAUGUUGAAAUGUUUGAAAAUGGAAAAAAAUGGUUGCGGGAAAUAUACUGCUAUUUUUUGUAUUGAUAUGGUUUCUGUAUAGGGUUGUUCCGAUCAUGUUUUUUUUUGCUCCCGAUCCGAUCCCGAUCGUUUUAGUUUGAGUAUCUGCCGAUCCCGAUAUUUCCCAAUCCGAUUGCUUUUUUUUUUUUUUGCUCCCGAUUCAAUUCCAAUCAUUCCCGAUAAUUUUUCCUGAUCAUAUACAUUUUGGCAAUGCAUUAAGAAAAAAAUGAAUAAAACUCGGACGAAUAUAUACAUUCAACAUACAGUACAUAAGUACUGUAUUUGUUUAUUAUGACAAUAAAUCCUCAAGAUGACAUUUACAUUAUUAACAUUCUUUCUGUGAGAGGGAUCCACGGAUAGAAAGACUUGUAAUUCUUAAAGGAUAAUGUGACUUUGUAUAUUGUGACUAAAUAUUGCCAUCUAGUGGAUUUUUAUGAGCGUUCAGUAAAUGAUACUGCAGCCAUUUAACUUCUGCCCAAAUGAAUGAUGGGAAGUGCAACCAUGACUGUGCGUAAUGUUACCAAUUGGUACAUCUUGUCAGCGUUGGGAAAUAAAAUAGGGUGUUAAGAAAAAGAUGAACUACUACCUUUCUUCCCUUGUUAGCUCUAUGUAUACGUAAUACGAUGCCAUUAUAGAUUGAACGUGAAUACGCGUGAGUGGGUAGUGCAGCGCAUGCGUUAAUUGCGUUCAAUAUUUUAAUGUUAUUAUCGCCGUUGACGCGAUAAAUUUGACAGCUCUACUUUAAGCCAAAACUAAAGACUCUGGAUGAGUGUAAGACAUCUUGUCUGUAUUGUUAAAUACAAUUAGAAAACGAUUUAAUUAAAAAAA